ACUUCGACUCUUACGCGACUCGAAGGAGGAAAUACCGCGCUGAACAAUCCGACCCUUCAACGCUACUUGUCACUCUUGCACGGUGGUGUUCUCGACGAGUUUUAAAGUUACCAAUAUCAAUUCAGUCCAGUUGAAAGAGAAGAGGCAAUGGCAUCACGCUGGGCAGACUCGGAAGCAGACGCAGCAGAAGCCCUCCGGCGCAAAAAAGAGAAGGAAGAGAAGAAACGUCUCAAGCUCCAGAAACAACAAGAAGCAGACGCAGCAACAACGCAAACUAGCCAAGAUGUCGAAUCACGUCCGGCAAAGCGCCGUCGCCUGUCUUCUGACAACGACAACCAAGAAACAUCCCAAGCGAAGCCCAAGGAAGGCGAGAGAAAGUUGUUGAGAUUCGAAGUCGGAACCUGGUCCCCCUGCCGCCACACGUCCAAUUUCUCCACCCUCAAUCACAUCGAAGAAGGAAGCUACGGCUGGGUGUCCCGUGCCCGCGACACUUCUACCAACUCAAUAGUCGCCCUGAAGAAGAUAAAACCUGAUCCCAACGGUGACGGCUUUCCUAUCACCGCUUUGCGGGAAAUCGAUAUUUUGCAGAAGGCCCGACAUGCAAACAUCGUCGAGCUCAAGGAGAUUCUGAGUGGAGAUGACCCAUUGGAAUGUGUCUUGGUAAUGGAGUUCCUAGACCACGACUUGAAAACACUACAAGAAGACAUGUCCGAGCCCUUCCUCGCCAGCGAAGUAAAAACACUUCUACGCCAACUCACUAGCGCCGUUGCAUAUCUUCACGACAGCAGCAUAAUGCACCGCGACCUCAAAACCUCGAACAUCCUACUCUCUCACCACGGGACCCUGAAACUAGCAGACUUCGGCAUGGCACGCUACAUCCCCCCUUCCAACGCCCCCUUGACUCAACUUGUCGUCACACUAUGGUACCGCGCGCCAGAACUCCUCCUAGGCACAACGGCAUACGGGACGGAGGUCGAUAUGUGGAGUCUAGGCUGUAUAUUUGCAGAGCUUCUCCUCAAAGCCCCCAUCCUCCCCGGGAAAAACGAAGUUGACCAACUGUCCCUCAUAUUCUCGCUCUGCGGGCUUCCUACGGAGAAAUCUUGGGCAGCGUUCUACCGCCUCCCGAAUUCCAAAUCUCUGAAGCUCCCCCGCGACCACCGGGACACGCGGGGCUUCGAUCGCGCGCGGUUUCCCUUCCUUACUGCUUCGGGCAUCGAGUUGUUGUCGUCUCUUUUGUCUCUCAAUCCGGAUAAUAGGCCUACAGCGCAACAAGUACUACAUCAUGAAUAUUUCAAGGAGCAGCCUAAACCUAAGCCUGCGGAGUUGUUCCCUACGUUUCCGAGUAAGGCGGGGCAGGAGAAACGGCGAAGGAAGAGUCCGCAUGCGCCAAAGCGUGGAGAGAAGCAAGGCGGGGGAGAAGUGGAUUUCAGCGGGAUAUUUGCGGGAAGGGAGGAUGAAGAGAGAGGCGGUGGUUUUAUGUUGAAGAUGGUAUGAUGGAGAGCAGAUACGUCGGUGUAGUCUAUUGUAGAGCGAAAAGCAUUGCACAGAGUCGAAUAAUGACAAGUAGGGGUGAGCGUAAUGGCGAUGCCUUGACUUAGGAAGCCCUGUGUUCAAGCUGUCCACUUAAGAA